UCCAUAUUGUGAAUCACACCUUCAAAGUGUUGGUUUUUGGUUCCGCAGCUCUCGCCCUUCGUUUUCUCAUCCAUUGAACAAAACCAGAAGAUCAAACCCCUUGUAAUUUCACGAGGAGGGAAGACCUUCUCAAAGUAAUCCAUUUUUCCAAAAAUCCAGGAAUUCACAAUUGCAUCUUUUUCUCUUAAAUAUCUUCUUUUGGAUAAGAUAAAACUGUGUCUCAAAUUUCAUCCUAAUCCACAAGAGAGAGAUCAUGAGUCAUAUUUUGUGUUGAAAUGGGUUCUUUUUAUAGUUUCCCCUUUUGCAUGAACUUCGCUCACCUUUAGUUAGCUCUUUUCAGUUGUUCAAAUUUUUUAGCUCCCUGUGCUGCUCAUGGACUACUUGAAGGAAGUGGUAGGCAAAAGGUUACAUGACCAUGUCAACAACAAGAUGCCUAUAUUACCAAGCAGGUCUAUAUGGGUGCCUGGACCUGUCAUAGUUGGUGCUGGACCUUCAGGUCUUGCCACUGCUGCUUGCCUUAAAGAAAACGGUGUUCCAAGCUUGAUUCUUGAAAGGGCUAAUUGCAUAGCUUCCUUGUGGCAGCUCAAAACCUACGAUCGUCUCCACCUUCAUCUUCCAAAGCACUUCUGUGAGCUCCCUCUCAUGCCAUUCCCUUCCAAUUUCCCAACCUACCCGACCAAACAACAGUUUGUGGCCUACUUAGAGGCUUACACAAACCAUUUUGGUCUAGCACCGAUCUUCAAUAAAACGGUGGUGAGUGCAGAAUUCGAUUCUCGAUGUGGGUUUUGGAAGGUCAAGACCUUGGGGCUGAAGCAGGAGGAGACUGAGUAUGUUUGUCAAUGGCUAAUUGUUGCCACCGGCGAAAAUGCUGAGGAGGUUGUGCCAGAUAUUGAAGGAAUGAAUCAGUUUGAGGGUCCUAUUCUUCACACCAGCUCAUACAAGAGCGGGGAGUUGUUUCGUGGGAAGAAUGUUUUAGUGAUUGGAUGUGGGAAUUCAGGCAUGGAAGUCUGCCUAGAUCUUUGCAGCCAUAAUGCUCGUCCAUCCAUCGUGGUUAGAGACUCGGUGCACGUCUUGCCACAAGAGAUGCUUGGAAGAUCAACUUUUGGAUUGUCCAUCUGGCUGCUUAAAUGGUUUCCCAUGCGCCUUGUGGAUCAAAUUUUAUUACUGGUGUCCCGUUUCAUGCUCGGUGAUACUUCUCACUAUGGCCUCCAUCGUCCUAAACUUGGUCCCAUGCAGCUCAAAACUGCCACAGGAAAAACACCUGUUUUGGAUUUGGGAACUCUUGCUAAGAUCAAAAGUGGGCAUAUUAAGGUUUGCCAGGGAAUACGGAGACUAAUGCAUCAAUAUGUAGAGUUUGUUGAUGGAAGCAAGGAAAAUUUUGAUGCUAUCAUCCUAGCCACAGGUUACAAAAGCAACGUAUCUUCUUGGUUGAAGGGUAACGAAAUGUUUUCAGAGAAAGAUGGGCUGCCCCACAAGUCAUUCCCAAAUGGAUGGAAAGGUGGAAAUGGGUUAUAUGCAGUUGGCUUUACAAAGCGUGGCCUGCUUGGCGCGUCAAUUGAUGCCAGAAGAAUUGCACAAGACGUUGAGCUUCGCUGGAAAGCUGAGGCCACAAGUUUCAUGGCCAAUGGCUCGUGCAUUACUGCAACAAUGAUGUCAUGAAAAUGAUUACAUAAAGAAAAAAGAAAUCUAACCAACCUUUAUGGUUUCUUGGAAAUCUAAUGAAGUUUCUACUGUUAUUUGAACGAGCCAAGCAGGAAAGGACUACAUGUUUUUUGCUUUUCAUUUGCACAAAAACUAGGAACGUUAGGGUAAAAAAGCUGGGGGUGACCAUAAAUAUUUGUUUGUUUGGGAGGAGAAGAUUCUCAAUGUGUACAUAUAUAUCUUGUGCAUCUUUCUAGUUUUCUGCUAUUAGUUAGGUACACUUUUUAAGUGAAAGGUGGGGUAGUUUGCAAUUUAGUGAAAAUAAUUAGUAUAAGUUAGCUAUAUUUCCAUUGAAUUUGAGCUUCAUGUAUAGAAAAAAAAAAAGUAUGAUGGUUUCCAUCAA